GUGCCCGUGCAGCUGAAGGGGUGGGACACGGCGCAGCCGAAGGUCCUGGUCGCCGAGCAGGCGCCCGUGGUCUCGCCUUCGGACGUGCCCACGGCACAGCGCUCCUCCUACGCGAUGCUGGAGGCCACCCCGAGCGCCGCGGCGGGCCAGUCCGCCACCUUCGGCGACAUCCCGGUGCCAGUCGCGGCCACCGAGGCGGUGGAGCCCGUGGCGCCCGCCGUGGAGUCCUUGGGGGCACCGGCCGCUGAUAGCACGGACCCCGCCAAGAAGAGCAAGAAAUCCAAGAAGGACAAGAAGACGAAAGACGGGAAAGUCAAGGCCAAGGGGAAGUCGAAGAAGGCCUUCUGCUGCUGA